CCUCUCACGUGUGAGAGUAUGUUGCGCGAAGCGGUGAGAUGAUUGUUGUGGGUGAUGGAAGACCAUGAAAGAUUUUAUGAGGGAUGCAACCGCGAAGGGCCCUUACGAUGUAUAUUUCUGUGUGAAUUCCAUCACGUGGCAGGACCUAAAAUAGCGUGCCAAGUCCCUGAAAAUUAUAUUUCUAAGGACUUUUUUGAUGCAGUGAGUGUCUACAUAAUACCAAAGGCACAACUCCAAAGGAGUACCAUUACAGUUGUAUUGUAUGAUUUGAAGGUGCUUGGCUUUCCAGUUCGAAUUGAUAACAAAAAAUAUGCCAGAAAUGCUUACCAUUACAACUUGUGCUUUGUAUGUGAUGCAUGGGCCCGCACUGUCCAAUAUGAACCUGUUGUUAAGAAGCUAGCAGAUUACUUGAUGGCCAUGGAAGUAGAAAAUCAUUUUCUGUCCAAAUAUAAUCAGAAAGCAGGGGAUCAUGGAAGGCUUGUGCGAAUGUUGAGACAGAUUCUCCAUGAUCUGAAUACUCAUCGAAUGUGCACAUUGACUGAGGGUACCACAACAACACACCUUAAAGUGAUUCGCAUAUCUCGUGAUCCUGAACCUGUAGAAGAUCAUCAUGUCCCAAUAUUUAUUCAAGAUCAGAACACAUUCCGUUCAGAGCAAUGGGACCUCACUACAAACCAAGUCCUUCCAUACAUUGACGGGUUUAAUCAUGUUGCUAAAAUUGCAGCUGAAGCAGAUGUGGAGAACAAUCUUGUUAAGGCAUGUGUUCAAAAUUUGGUAUAUUAUGGCGUUGUUACAUUGGUACCAAUAUUCCAGUAUUCAAAUGUCUAUGCAGCAACACCAAAAUUGAAGUUAUUGGCUGAAGAUGCAGAUCUUCAGGAAAGAUGUCUUAAGUUUGUAUCACGAUCAGUAAGGCAGCUGCCACUCUUCAGAGAUGUCUUUAGGAUGUAUGCAGGUAUGAAUGUGGGGACGACCAUUAGAGAUUUGUGCAUUCGCUUCAGCCCACAUCCUCGGCAAAUAAAUGAGAGGAAGCUUGUCCAAUUCGGAGUCCUGGAAGGUCUUAUCAGAAGAAUACACAAGUUUCCAGUGCACAUUUUGGCAUCAGAGUGUUCAAGUUCUGCCUCCAGUUUAUCACAGACUCGAUCCCAGCAAUACCAGCCAUAUCAACAGCGGCAAGAGGAGCGACCUCAGCACAUUCCAAUGGUAUUCACUGGUGUCUCGUGUGAAGAUGAGAUCUGUUGUUCUCUAGGCAUUAGCACCCUACAGCUGGAAGAAGAACUUGAUCAGGAUCCAGGGAUUGCAGUCAUUUGGAAGUAAACUUGGAAUCCUAAGAAGCUAAGAAACUUUAGUGUUUAAGAAUUUAUUUUGAGUCUGUGCCAACAGUUGUUAAACAGCUUACACAGAUGUUGAGCCACAGUCUUAAGUUCUUCAAGCUAUUGUGAAAUCCAGUUUUUGUUGAGAAUUAUUUCCUCUUUGUUGCUUGCUUCUGUGGUAGUACUGUUACCACAGAAAGAUCAUACUGACAUCAAAUUUGUACAUGGGAACAAUGAUUGCAAUAAUUAGAAUGUAAAUGUUGGAGAACUGAGGACAUUAAUUAUUGAGGCAUAAACUUGGUUGGCCAGCUCAUGUCAGUACACUAACUCCAAAAAAUUUGGCACAUUCAGUUGUUGAGUUAGAUGCUUCUAUGAAGAUUAUUAACUGUUUAUUGGAUGAAAUUAAUAUUACUAAUGUGUGUGGCACAAAUGAGAGCUGUCUUGAGUCAGUUGUUAUGUAUGGCAGCAAGCAAAUUUCAGAAACUGAAUGGACUGAUUUUUAUGGCAGUUACCAAGGGUUUUAUUUUCAUUAAGACAGAGGGAAUAUUACAAGACAUGAGUGACACUUAUUGUUCAUAUGACAUAGUAGCAUUAAAAAUGACAAAUUAUUCAAAAGAUGAGAAAUCUGGAAAAAAUAAUGAUUUACAAUAUAUUAUAAUAAAAUAGCAAGAUCAGAUUCAGUGAAGGAUCACAACUUAUUUUGCUGUUGUCUUUGAUCACUAUUGAAAGCCAUAUUAGAUAAGGAAUAGCUGCUUUACCUGUUAGUGGAGGGGCGUGUAGUAAUAUCAGAGCUGUUAUGACUGUCAUCUGACUUGUUACCUUGCAGCUGUGUGUGCAGCAUUGUAUUAUGUAACUGUUUAUGUUUACAGAGAAUUCAUAUAGCCUCCUUUGACAAGGGAGGGUCACCUCUGUAUCACAUUGCAGUUACUUUACGGAUCAAUGAUUAGCUUGCAACAGAAGGUGACAAUUUCAUAACUCGCUGAUGAAGUUACAUUUGGGAGUGCAACACAACAGCUAUUUACAUAAAUAAUUGACAAGACCUUGACCAAGAAUUUUAAUUUAAUUUUAAGUUAACAAUAAUCAGUCAAUUCAGUAGACAUAAUUGGAAAUGAGCUCAUAUUUCAAACUUGUGUAAUUUUGAAUUGCCCAUCUGUGACAAAACAUGUCUUUAUCGUAACAUUUGCUUGUUUGCCAUCCCAGGAUGGAUGUUACAGGUGUAAGUAAUAAGCAAUUUUAUCAAAUCAAAAAGCCUUGAAUAUUGUUGUUCUCUAAUAGUGUGAGGCAUUUUCAGUUGUAUUUUUAAUUACUUGUAAAUAUGUGAAUGGAAUGGUGGAGCAUAAAUUUGAGAUGGAAAAAAGUUUUAAAUGCAGUUAAUGACAAAGUUAUAACUAGAUGUGUGAUAGGUUCUAAAUAAUGACAUUUGGCUACAAUAUUCGAAGACCAGAUCAUUUUCACGAUAUGAUGAUGGUUUUAUGGGGUGUUAUCUGGAGGAGGUUCCAGAUUUUUAAACACAUGUGCAAUAUUUUCUUGAGUAGCAAUUUAAUAAAUGAUGUAUCUCUGAGCAUAGUUUUAUGGCUUAGAUUAUGUGUAUGCUUUCAUCAUCAUUUGUGACUGGUUUAUUUAGUCCUUACUGAUGCCACACAGCACUGUUUUUAUUGUUUCUACUCUGUCUAAUGAUACAGUAGGUGAUAUUAAAAAACCAACAUUAUAAGUUAAAUGAAUUGUAUUUCACAUUUAGGUGGAAUUAUAAAUACUUCUAUGUGCUUUAAAUAGAAGCAUCUUGGAAAAACUGUUACUGAAAAAUGCUAUCUUGCAUUGUACAAAUAAUAUUCCAUUAGAGUACAAAUAAUUAUAUAUUGAGCUAGUCAUGUUCUUAUUUCUGUUGAAGGUGUAUUUAGACAGGCAUCACAAGAAAACUGAUGUUGGUAAUGCUUGUCUAGAUACUUUGCUGUGGCUGUUCGCAUAUGCCUCACAAGCUAAGAAAUCUUUGAGUGAAAGUUAGUAUGAGAAGAAAGUAAUUUUGAGUCAAUGUAAUAUAUAUUUUACAAAUAGAUAUAAUCAAUCUCAGUGAAUAUUUUCAUAAACUAUAUUUUAUAUGAUACAAAUUCUUUACUAUAUAUACAUAUUUUUGUUGCAUAUUGUAUUCAUGUUAUAUGUUAAACAAUAUGUUCUUUACCUACCAAAUAAACAACAUUGAAUUAUUGUGAGAGGAGGAUGGCUUUAAAUAUUAGUGACUUUAAAAUACAAUUACCAUGUAAAUAAAUAAAUUCUGCUAGACCCAUAAAUUCAUCAAAUGUUUUAUGAAAGAAAAUGGAAUCUGCUGAAUGUCUUACCUUCAGCAAUUUUGUUCCUGGAUAACUAUUCAUUAAGCUUUGACUUGUAUACUUUCAUACUCAUUUAACUGGUUUUUCAUAGUUGUUUUGAAAGAUUUUAAAAGUUGGACAGAGGUAUUUUCAUCUAAACAGUUUUAUUGCAGAAUGAGGAUAAUAAGAAUAUAUGGCUAACCAUCAACAUCUCAAGAUGGAGUCUGCACCCAAUAAAGAGAUUGCAGAAACGAGGUAGUUACUCUCUUUUACAUUUCAUAUUAACAACUAUCUCCACGAGUGUUCUCCCAUGACUACCAUAGCAGUUAUAGUGCCUGGUUUCUGCUUCCACAUUAUUCCAUUUCCAGUCCAGUGCAGUUUGUGUUGAUUUAUGUACAUCUUCUACAGGCACUAAAGCAGGAGCUGCAGAUGAAAAUAGAUCUUCAGCUUUAGAAGCUAGUUGCAGUUAUUUCUGCCCUAUUGGUGACUGACAAGAAAGUAUUUUAUUUUUGUCAGUAAAUGAAAACAUUUGGUACAGAACAGCUUACAGUGCAUAUAUUUUUCAAGGUUGUUGUGUUUUAAAAACAUAGAUGGACUAAAUCUAAAAUAAAGAGAGAAAAAGAUUUAAAACUGAAACAUAAAGAUUGCACAAUGAACUAUUAGCAGAAACUGAAAACACAGACCAAAAAAGAACUGCUACAGCUACCAACAAACCUCCCACAUGAGAAAUUUCAUCAUUUGUUAAUGAUUAUAUCCCAAUUUGCCAUAAAACUUCUUAAUUUUCGUGGGUAUUGUCACAACAACAAGAUGUAUUGUGAAAUAUAUGUUUUGAAUAUCAAAUAGUCAACCUUUAAAUUUUACAAAAUAGAUCAAGUUUGUAAACCUUUAAAGUUACACUUUCUUGUAAACUAGUAGGUAACAAAAAUCGUGGUAUCUACUAGUAGUUACAAAACAUUUUACUCAAAAAUGUGCAUAUUUUGCCAUUUCCAUAAUUCAUCGAUGUGUCCAGUUACCUUAUUAAAUUACAUAACGGAUAAUGCAGUGUGUGCAGUAUUGGCAAAACUUUUUUACUGGGCAGCUUGUUCAUUACAUAUCUAGAUAUAGUUCUAAUGUCAAAAUUUCAUAUUUCAUUUACAACUGUCUUAGCUGAGAAAGACUUAAGAGUGUUAAAAAUAAUUUACAAUCAUAGCUGAAAAGAAAUUUUUCUGAAUGGCUUUUAAAUGUACAGUACGUUUUGAGAUUUUUUAAUCUACGCAGGGGAUGAGCUUUAAUUAUUGUUGAAAUAAUAUUUGUGUUUACUAAUCAUAGUUAAUAUUUUCAUGUUAUUACAAUAAUAUUGUGUUGUUACCAGUUAUGUUAGCAAUAUCAUCUAUUUUGGAAUAUUUUUAUCAUGUUUGCUCAAUUUUUGUGUGCCAUAUGGUUUGUAUUCUAAAUCAGUCGUUGGCCAUAUGUGAAUGUGUUUUGUUUGCUGCUGUUGCAAUUAGAGCUUCAUACUCCAAAAUUUGCAUUUAAAACAAUGUCAAAUCUGAACAAUGAUGAAUUAUAAGAGAAAAUAAACUAUCUUACACUUGUA